CCCCUCACCUGUGUCUAAUUGCUCCCCCCUCACCUGUGUCUUGUUAGUCUGUGUGUGUAUGUAGGUGCUGUGCUUGUAGGGUUAGCGGGGUGUGAGAUCUUUGUGGCUGGCUGCAGGCUGUGUGCAGGGAGAAACAGCAGAUUGAGGCUGUGUGUCAUGUGUUCAUGAUUUUUAAUAAAGGCCCACAGCGGGUUGUAUUUGGGAUUUGUGCCUCUGGCUCCUUACUUGGUCGGGCCGCUCAACGGUGUUCCAGGAGGAGAAGUACCUGAAGGAGGCAUCAGACUGCUCGGAGGUGAUCUGGCAGAGAGGUUUCCUGAGGAAAGGAUACGGACUCUGCCACGGCACGGCAGGGAACGGAUUCAUCUUCCUGUCCCUGUACCGGAACAUGAAUAUGAUGGGCGAUCAGGUGUCUAAGCUGAAGCACUUGAGUUCAUCAGACAUGGAGGAGCAGAGAUUCUUCCAGAACCAGAACCAGGACUACGUGGACCAGGCAGGGUCUGGUUCUGGAUCCGAGGAGAGAGCCAACGAGCCGCUGGACGAGGAGGGCAAGGUGAGCGCUUCCUUCCAGAAGAAGGUCCAGAGUAAGAUUAAAGACCUGUGGCAGCAGAUGGAGGAAGGUCUGAAGACAGCCGACCCUCACGACUUCUCCACCUACACCGGCUGGACAGGUGAGUCAGCACGAUACACCUGCAUCGCCCUGCUGUACCUGCAGCUGCACCGCUGCUCCCAGGAAUCCUCCCACCUGCAGAGGGCGCUGGACUACGUGAAGCGAACCCUCCGGAUCCUGAACGGGCGUAAGGUCUCCUUCCUGUGUGGAGACGCAGGCCCUCUGGCUGUGGGAGCUGUGGUUCAUCACAAGCUGAGGAACACUGAGGAGAGCCAGGACUGCCUGAACAGAGUUCAGUCCUCAGUGACUCUGACCUCUCUGAUGAACUCCUGUACGGUCGCGCUGGCUUCCUGACGUGCAAAAGUGCAUUUUGCAUGAUAGGUCCCCUUUAAGGUCAAAAUGUUGUUAUUUGAUCUCUUAAUAUAGAUUGUGUUAAAAGCAGUCUGGAUGCUAGAAGGCCAGUGUGCUGCGCUUCACAGUAUUAAGGACGACGAGAAGUCAAAGCAUGAACAAGCAUGGGCUCAAAGUAGACGUCUCACUCAGAUCUCUCCUACACAGCGCACAGGAUGACAGGAGGCACACAAUCAGACUAGCUUCAACAUCAAGUCAGCAUCUCACAUGUUUAUCAACUUUUCACAUCUAUAUGCAUGUUCUCACCUGUCUCUCUCUCACCUGUCUCUCUCUCACCUGUCUCUCUCUCACCUGUCUGUCUCUCACCUGUCUCUCUCUCUCUG